GCCAAAUAAUAUGAACCCAUUGAUUCAUUGCAUCCAUAUGGUAACCUAACAUUAGAAGAACGAUGCGAGCUUAAGAUAUCUUGGUUCGACUAUCGAUAGGCCGGCCGACAAAUUGUAUCAGCCACGACAUGUCGAAGCCAGAUGCGAACGAGUCAUCAAAUUCGAUGGUGAUAAGGACAAAUACCACUCGAACAUGGAAAUCGACUCUAAGAGGUACGGUAGAAAGGCAAUUCAAGCCGAUAAGACUUGGAGCGGUCUCCUUCUAAACGAAGACAACCUUCCGGACAAUUGGGUCCGCCAAUCAGGGGUUUUAGUGAGUAUGGUGCCUCGCCGCCCUCCGGGACGGAAGAAAUAAUUCUGAGGUACUGUG